CUAACUCUGGCAUCAGCUUCUCACGAAGAAACUCAGAGCAGCAAUGACGAUGUUUAGAGCCAUGCAACUCCUUCUCAGGAGGGACAACAGCGGAGCUGUGGGAACCUUGCUACGUGGCUUCUCGACUGCGCCUUCCAACUGCCAGAGGCUAGCCGGCAAGGUGGCCGUGAUCACCGGCGCGGCCAGCGGCAUCGGCAAGGCCACGGCCGUCGAGUUCAUCCGGAACGGCGCCAAGGUCAUACUCGCGGACAUCCAGGACGACGUCGGCCGCUCCGUGGCGGCCGAGCUGGGCCCCGACGCCGAGUACACCCGCUGCGACGUGACCGACGAGGCGCAGAUCGCCGCGGCGGUGGACCUCGCCGUCGCGCGCCACGGCCAGCUCGACAUCCUCUACAGCAACGCUGGAAUCUCCGGCUCCUCCGCGCCGGCGCCCCUGUCCGCGCUCGACCUCGCCGACUUCGACCGCGUCAUGGCGGCCAACACGCGCUCCACGGUGGCCGGCGUCAAGCACGCCGCGCGCGUCAUGGUGCCGCGCCGCAGCGGCUGCAUCCUCUGCACGGGGAGCACCACGGGCAUGCUCGGCGGGAUCGCCGCGCUCCCGUACAGCCUCUCCAAGGCCACUGUGGUCGGCGUGGUGCGGCUGGUGGCGGAGGAGCUCGCGCGCGCCGGCGUGCGCGUCAACGCCAUCUCGCCGCACGCCAUCGCCACGCCGCUGCUGGUCCGGUCGCUGGCGAGGGCGAACCCGGGCGUCGGCGACGAGGCGCUGAAGCGGAUGGUGGAGAGGGGCAUGAGCUCGCUCCAAGGGGCCGUGCUGGAGCCGGAGGACGUGGCCAGAGCCGCCGUCUACCUGGCGUCCGACGAGGCCAAGUACGUCACCGGCCAUAACCUCGUGGUGGACGGCGGCUUCACGGUCGGGAAGCCCAUCAACCUGCACCCGGCGAGCUGA